GUGAAAAUCGAUCCGUAGCUCUCUGUGCCCUUCGCUUAAAGGAUCAUUUCUCUCAAGAGGGGUAGCAAAAAAAUCGUUUCCUUUUCUCCAAUUUCCCCUUCCGAUAACCCUAAAACCCACCAAUUGCUUUUCGCGGGUCAAGUUUUCCGCUUCGAGUUUUCUAGGGUUUCGUAUCUGAAUCUGUGAAGAACAAUAAACCCUCUUUGUGGGGUUUUCCUUCAAGCUUCUGAAAUCAGAGAUAGUGAUAUGGAGGCGCAAAUUCAUCAACUUGAGCAGGAAGCUUAUACUGCUGUUUUAAGGGCUUUUAAAGCGCAGUCUGAUGCUAUUUCUUGGGAUAAAGAAAGCUUGAUAACAGAGUUGCGUAAAGAAUUGAGAGUAUCUGAUGACGAGCAUCGAGAGCUUCUGAGUAGGGUCAAUAAGGACGAUACUAUCCUACGGAUAAGAGAUUGGAGACAGGGAGGUGGAAGCCAAGUUCCUUCGAGACAUGCAACGAAUCAGGGGUUUGAUGUUGUUCCUAGUCCAACUUUCUCAGCUUCCCGAAAGAAACAGAAGACAUUCCCAUCUUAUCAUCCAUCAAUUGGUCCAGCUGGAAAUAGGUCAUUCAAUAGCCGUGUCGUGUCCAGUGGCAUAUCAGGAAAUGAAUCUGCUCAAGCACUUGUCGGAAGAAAAGUGUGGACAAAAUGGCCUGAAGACAAUCAUUUUUAUGAAGCAAUUAUAACCCAGUACAAUGCAGUUGAGGGUCGGCAUGCGUUGGUGUAUGAUAUAAACGCAGUAAAUGAAACGUGGGAGUGGGUUGAUCUCAAGGAAAUUCCGCCGGAAGAUAUAAGGUGGGAUGGGGAAGAUAGUGGGGUAGCCUUAAACACUGGACCUGGAAGUGGAUCAAUCCGUGGCAACCGAAGAAACCAGAGUCAUUUUGGAAGAGGGAGAGGACCAAGAAUUCAUCAACCGAGAAGAGAACUUUUACCACCACCAACACAUCAGAACGGUGGUGGUGAUAAUAUUGAAUUGUUCAACACAGACUUGCUUGUGAAGGAGGUGGAGAGAGUUUUCGAUUCUACUCAUCCUGAUCCUUUUGAGCUUGAUAAGGCCAAGAAAAUGCUCAAGGAACAUGAACAGGCGCUUAUUGCUGCCAUUGCAAGGCUUGCUGAUACAUCUGAUGGUGAAAUUGAUGGAGACCCACCGUAUUCGCAUGACCACCAUCCAAUGCAACAGGGAUGAUGGGAAAGCUGUCAGUAACUGAUGGUGUUUGGUCAUGAUCAACCCACCAAGGACUCUUGUAUUUUGUUUUUUCUUUAAGCAGCAGCUCAGGAGAUGGAAAGGAGCCAGUCUUGUUCUUCUUCUUCUUCAAUUAAGUUACGGUUUUUACCAAAAAUGUAUGAAAGAAUUUGUUAGAAGGCUUGGGAGGAGGUAGGGAUUAAGCUUGUAAGCAACAACAAUGUUUGAGGUUUAGAGAAUUUAACCUGUGACUAAUGAUUAAGCCAUGUAAAUGUACCUGAGCCUACUUCUCUCCAAAGGGAUAAUUAGACCUGCCAUCAAAAUGCAUAAAGUUGAUGUUCCUUUGUUUGUUUGAUUUUUCUGGGUGCAAAACAGUUUAUUGGUUUCUUCAAGCAAAACCUUGAACCAAACCAAACAUGCAAUUAUUCACAUUACAGAAUCAAAACAAAUUUCUAUGUCAUUCAAUGUCCUAAAGGAUUCGAAGAAAGAACUCAGGUGUAUAUAUGCAGGUGUUGUAAGUAUUAAGAGCAGCCUUAGGAGAGCUAAUAAUCAUUAUAACAAACAGAGGAAGGCCAUAUGUAACUU